ACAGCAUGCACUGUUCUUCUCUCUCAGAAGGAUGAGAAGCUACGGCAGUUGGCGUAAAGUCCAAGAAACGUUACGUUUAUACUCUUCGUCUUCUUCUACUUCUUCAGGUCUUUUGGAAUUUGUAAACGCAGAUUUUCCUUCUACAAUAAGAUUUCGAGGAAGACGCGAAUUUGCUCGUCUCUUGCAGCUGCGUGCGUUAGAUGAUCCGUUGCUUUAUCAAAAUGUAGUUCAUGGUCAGAUUAUUGUUUCGGGUCUUGAGUUAGAUACGUAUCUUAGCAACAUUUUGAUGAAUUUAUAUUCGAGAGCUGGCGGCAUGGUUUAUGCACGUAAGGUGUUUGAGAAAAUGCCUGAGAGAAACUUGGUUACUUGGUCUACCAUGGUUUCAGCUUGCAACCAUCAUGGGUUUUAUGAGGAGUCUUUGGUGGUUUUCUUAGAGUUCUGGAGAACUAGAAAAAACAGUCCGAAUGAAUAUAUUUUGUCGAGUUUUAUUCAAGCUUGUUCGGGAUUAGAUGGUAGUGUGCGUUGGAUGGUGUUUCAACUGCAAAGUUUUCUUGUCAAGAGUAGGUUUGAUAGGGAUGUUUAUGUUGGUACCUUGUUGAUUGAUUUUUAUUUAAAGGAAGGUAAUAUCGAUUAUGCGAGGCUUGUGUUUGAUGCUUUACCAGAGAAAUCUACUGUGACUUGGACGACAAUGAUCAGUGGGUGUGUAAAAAUGGGAAGAAGCUACGUUUCAUUACAGCUAUUCUACCAACUAAUGGAAGGAAAUGUUGUUCCGGAUGGUUACAUCCUUUCGACGGUUUUAAGUGCGUGUUCAAUACUUCCGUUUCUUGAAGGCGGGAAGCAGAUUCAUGCGCACAUCUUAAGAUACGGACAUGAGCUGGAUGCUUCGCUGAUGAAUGUGCUUAUAGAUUCUUAUGUGAAGUGUGGCAGAGUUAGAGCGGCUCAUAAGCUAUUCGAUGGAAUGCCAAAUAAAAACAUCAUUUCGUGGACCACUUUGCUGUCUGGUUAUAAGCAGAACUCUCUUCAUAAUGAAGCCAUGGAAUUGUUUACCAGUAUGCCAAAGUUUGGUUUAAAGCCGGAUAUGUUUGCUUGCUCUAGCAUACUCACAUCUUGUGCCUCACUUCAUGCUUUGGAAUUUGGAACACAAGUUCAUGCUUACACUAUCAAAGCCAAUCUUGGCAAUGAUAGCUAUGUGACUAACAGCUUGAUUGACAUGUAUGCGAAAUGUGAUUGUUUGACUGAGGCCAGAAAAGUUUUUGAUAUUUUCGCUGCUGAUGAUGUGGUUUUAUUCAAUGCAAUGAUUGAAGGUUACUCGAGACUUGGGACUCAAUGGGAACUACAUGACGCAUUGAACAUCUUUCAUGAUAUGAGGUUCAGAUUGAUUCGACCUAGCCUAUUGACUUUUGUUAGUCUUCUACGUGCAUCUGCUUCUUUAACAAGCUUGGGACUGAGUAAACAAAUCCAUGGAUUGAUGUUCAAAUAUGGGUUAAACUUGGAUAUAUUUGCUGGAAGCGCUUUGAUUGAUGUUUACUCAAAUUGCUACUGUCUCAAGGAUUCUAGGCUUGUGUUUGAUGAAAUGAAAGUGAAAGAUCUUGUUAUCUGGAAUUCUAUGUUUUCAGGUUAUGUUCAACAAUCAGAGAACGAAGAAGCUCUCAACCUGUUUCUGGAAUUACAGUUAUCAAGAGAAAGACCUGACGAAUUUACUUUUGCCGACAUGGUUACAGCAGCUGGCAACCUAGCAAGUCUUCAAUUGGGUCAAGAGUUCCAUUGCCAGCUCCUGAAAAGAGGCUUGGAAUGUAAUCCGUAUAUUACAAAUGCUCUACUAGAUAUGUACGCCAAAUGUGGUAGUCCCGAAGACGCUCAUAAGGCUUUUGAUUCAGCAGCUUCAAGAGAUGUGGUUUGUUGGAAUUCUGUCAUCUCAUCUUAUGCGAAUCAUGGAGAAGGCAGAAAAGCUCUUCAGAUGCUUGAAAAAAUGAUGUGUGAGGGAAUAGAGCCUAACUACAUCACCUUUGUGGGAGUUCUAUCAGCUUGUAGCCAUGCUGGUCUUGUAGAAGAUGGACUUAAGCAAUUUGAGUUAAUGCUUCGAUUUGGAAUUGAACCUGAAACUGAGCACUAUGUUUGUAUGGUAUCUCUUUUAGGCCGUGCUGGUAGAUUAAACGAAGCAAGGGAGUUAAUUGAGAAAAUGCCGACAAAACCAGCUGCUAUAGUAUGGAGGAGCUUACUAAGCGGAUGCGCAAAGGCCGGUAAUGUCGAGUUAGCUGAGUAUGCUGCUGAAAUGGCUAUUUUGUCUGAUCCAAAGGACAGUGGAUCGUUUACUUUGCUUUCUAAUAUUUACGCGUCCAAGGGUAUGUGGACUGAAGCGAAGAAGGUAAGAGAAAGAAUGAAGUUUGAAGGUGUGGUGAAAGAACCUGGACGUAGUUGGAUUGAGAUUAAUAAGGAGGUUCAUAUCUUUUUGUCUAAGGAUAAAUCUCACUGCAAGGCUAAUCAAAUUUAUGAAGUGUUAGACGACUUGCUUGUGCAAAUCAGAGGAGAGAUGAAGCUUAUCAAGGAUGCUCUCUCUGCUUUGACUGCAACCAUGUCGACUAUUAUGCAGAAGAUCAAAGAAAUUGAAGAUGAGAUGGCUAAAACACAGAAGAAUAAAGCUACUUCUCAUCAUCUGGGUUUGUUAAAGGCCAAACUUGCUAAGCUACGGAGGGACCUUCUUGCACCGCCUACCAAAGGUGGCGGUGGUGGUGCUGGUGAAGGUUUUGAUGUGACUAAAAGUGGAGAUUCUAGAGUUGGACUCGUUGGGUUUCCUUCGGUUGGAAAAUCUACGCUAUUGAACAAGCUGACUGGGACAUUUUCUGAGGUUGCUUCUUAUGAGUUCACGACUUUGACAUGCAUUCCUGGUGUUAUUACAUAUCGUGGAGCUAAAAUCCAGUUACUAGAUCUUCCUGGUAUUAUUGAGGGUGCUAAAGACGGAAAAGGUAGAGGAAGACAGGUUAUAAGUACUGCUAGGACAUGCAACUGCAUCUUAAUAGUUCUUGAUGCCAUCAAACCAAUUACUCACAAACGUCUCAUUGAAAAAGAGCUCGAAGGAUUCGGAAUAAGGUUGAACAAGGAGCCACCAAAUUUAACAUUUAGGAAAAAAGACAAAGGUGGUAUCAAUCUAACUUCUACAGUCGCUGUCACACACCUUGACCUCGACACAGUCAAGGCGAUUUGCGGUGAGUACAGGAUUCACAACGCUGACAUCACCCUGCGCUACGAUGCAACCGCUGAUGACCUCAUUGAUGUCAUCGAGGGCAGUCGGAUAUAUAUGCCCUGUAUCUAUGCUGUCAACAAGAUCGAUUCAAUCACACUUGAGGAACUUGAAAUUUUGGACAAACUUCCUCAUUACUGUCCUGUCAGUGCGCAUCUGGAGUGGAAUCUUGACGGUCUUCUGGACAAGAUAUGGGAAUACCUGGAUCUAACUCGAAUCUACACAAAACCGAAGGCAAUGAAUCCGGAUUAUGAUGAUCCCGUUAUCUUAUCUUCCAAGAAGAGAACAGUAGAGGACUUCUGCAUCCGGAUUCACAAAGACAUGCUUAAACAAUUCAAGUACGCUCUGGUUUGGGGUUCGAGUGCCAAACACAAGCCACAAAGAGUUGGAAAGGAACAUGAGCUCGAGGAUGAGGAUGUUGUUCAGAUCGUUUUUCGAAACUGGCCGGUUAUUGGGAUGAUUGGCUACCUGAUGGUUCUCCACCGCAUCUACAACUUCGGCGUGGAGGCUCUUGAAAUCAGCCACUUAACCUUUCCAUUUAAGGGACCGUGGUUCGCUGGAAUGGAUAUGUUGUUCACAGUUGAUCCAGCUAAUAUUCACUACAUAUUGAGCUCAAACUUCUCCAAUUACACCAAAGGUGCCGACUUUAAAGAAGUCUUUGAUGUUUUUGGAGAAAUGAUCUUUAGUUCGGACUCGGAGCUAUGGAAGAAUCAAAGAAAAGCUGCUCAGUUCAUGCUUAACCAUCACGAGUUUCAAAAGCUUUCAAUGAGUGCAACGAGGACUAAACUUUACGACGGUCUUGUUCCUCUUUUCAAUCAAUAUUGCGAGGAAGAGAAGGUCGUGGAUUUGCAGCAAGUGUUUCAAAGGUUCACUUUUGACACAACUUUUUUUCUCGUUACGGGGUCUGAUCCUAAAUCUCUCUCUAUUGAAAUGCCGGAAGUUGAGUAUGCUAAAGCUCUUGACGAUCUUGGACAAGGGAUUUUUUAUAGGCACAUUAAACCGAAGUUCUUGUGGAAGCUGCAAAACCGGUUUGGGUUAGGACAAGAGAAGAGGAUGACCGAAGCUGAUGCCACUUUUGAUCGCGUUUCAGCGAAAUACAUAUCAGCUAAGAGAGAAGAGAUAAGAUCACAAGGGAUUGAUCAUCAUUCAAAUGGUGAAAGUGAGGAUCUUUUGACAUCUCACAUAAAGCUUGAUACGACCAAGUACGAGCUCUUGAACCCGAGUGAUGAUAAGUUCCUCAGAGACACCAUCUUAGCUUUCAAUCUAGCUGGGAGAGACGCAAUGUCUGCUGCUCUCUCUUGGUUCUUUUGGCUUCUCUCUGAAAACCCUCAAGUUGUAACAAAGAUUCGUAAAGAGAUGAACAACAAAAAUAUUUCAAAAGACGGAAGAAAUGGCCAAGAGAACUUAGACAAGUUGGUCUACUUACAUGCCGCCUUGUAUGAAUCAAUGAGGCUCUAUCCACCGGUUGCCUUCCAACGCAAAUCUCCUAUAAAACCAGAUUUGCUUCCAAGUGGGCAUAAGGUAGAUGCAAACUCAGUCAUCAUAAUCUUUCUUUACGGGUUGGGAAGGAUGAGAGCGGUUUGGGGAGAAGAUGCAACAGAGUUCAAGCCAGAGAGAUGGGUUUCUGAGACCGGUGGGUUGAGACAUGCGCCUUCCUUCAAGUUCUUAGCGUUUAACGCCGGUCCGAGAACUUGUCCUGGUAAGCAAUUAGCUAUGACUCUCAUGAAGACAGUAGUUGUGGAGAUAUUACAAAACUAUGAUAUUAAGGUUAUCAAAGGACAGAAGAUUGAGCCAGAACCUGGUCUUAUGUUGCACAUGAAGCAUGGGCUUAAAGUCACAAUUACUAAGAGAUGUUCAGCUUGAAAUUUAUAUGUAUAACGCCUUAGUUUAUCCUUUUUUCGUUGGAAUUAUAAGAAAGCCUCGUAUUUUUCAAUAAUGAAACGAAACAUGCUUUCUAUCUUUGAUGAGAUGUUAUAAUUUGUAACGAAUGCAAGUCGUUGUGGUAAUAAAAAUGUUUAAUUAUA